GAAUAAUUAUGAAAAUGAUCACCGGCGAAGGCCUGCUGCCGGCCGCCGGCGGUUGACCACGUUCUGGAGACAGAUCGAUAGAGAUAUUGCAAAGUUUGCAAUUUGCACGUAAACGUGACAACCAUGUUAUGAAAAGCUACCAAAUCUGAACCGUCCAAUCUAAUUGUCCCUUCCUUCUCAGCCCUCCGAUUAACAACAACGCGUUUUCUCCAUAUUUUUGUUGUUUCAUUCUAACAGAAAGAGAGAAAAUAAAACCGCUAUAACUUUUUGUGUUUCUUUUCCUCCUCUUUCCUUCUUCAUUCCACGUUAAGCUCUCAUUUUCACCCUCACAUUUGCCUUCAAAAUCAAAACCCUUUCUCCAUUUACCUGCAUUUUUCUCCUUUUCAUCAUUUUUUCACCCUUAACGUGUUCCUUGAAGCUGGUACCAUAAAGGGUUUAAUUUGUUCCAGCCAUUAAUGGCGGUUAUUUUCGUGCUUCAAAAAUCUUAAAAAGGCUUCUUUUUUUUCUCUUUUUUUUUUUUCAUUUCCUUCCCAUCUUUGAUGCCCUUGUCUCAGCACGCUUGCAUAUAAUUAUACCAUGUGGCAAAAACAAAACCUUUCUCCUUCAACGCGCAUUCCGGCUUCAAUUGCAUUGCACCGUCGAGUUUUUAAGAUGCUUGGAACAAGUAGUAUCUAGUGUCAGAUGGGAAACAACUGUGUUGGAUCGAGAACUUCUUCUAAAGACGUAACAAAUGGCUGUUCUAAUUCAAGUUCAUUUUGGUGGUCACGCGGACACAAGAAAGAUGCUUCUUCUCAUGCACACAAAAGUGGCAACAAAAAGAGAACCAAAGCUGCGGAAACUGUUCAAAACAAGCCUCCAGAGAUGGUGAAAAUCGAGAGGGAGGAUGUGAAGCCUCCUCAUGAAUCCAAAGAGACUAAACCGGCUUCGGAACCAACAACAACAAAGGAGCAGCAGCAGGCAGCAAAACCAAAGAGGCCACACAAUGUGAAGAGGCUAGCAAGUGCAGGCCUUAAAACUGAUUCUGUUUUGCUAAGGAAAACCGGUAACCUUAAGGAGUUUUACAAUUUGGGACCGAAGCUAGGACAAGGCCAAUUUGGAACCACUUUCCUUUGUGUGGAGAAGAUCAGUGGGAAAGAGUAUGCUUGCAAGUCAAUACUGAAGAGGAAGCUUUUGACAGAUGAGGAUGUGGAGGAUGUGAGGAGGGAGAUUCAGAUAAUGCACCACUUGGCAGGGAGUCCUAAUGUGAUCUCCAUCAAGGAGGCUUUUGAGGAUGCUGUCGCGGUUCAUGUUGUUAUGGAGCUGUGUGCAGGGGGUGAGCUUUUUGAUAGGAUUGUCGAAAGAGGACAUUACACUGAGAGAAAGGCUGCUAAGCUUGCAAGGACUAUAGUUGGUGUCAUUGAGUCUUGCCACUCCCUUGGAGUCAUGCAUAGGGAUCUCAAGCCUGAGAAUUUUCUCUUUGUUAAUCAGCAAGAAGAAUCCCCUCUUAAGGCAAUAGAUUUUGGACUGUCUGCUUUUUUCAAACCAGGUGAAAUUUUUGGUGAUGUAGUAGGAAGUCCUUAUUACGUAGCACCUGAAGUUCUACGUAAGCGUUACGGCCCCGAAGCAGAUGUAUGGAGUGCUGGUGUCAUAAUCUACAUUCUCUUAAGUGGGGUGCCUCCAUUUUGGGGAGAAUCGGAGCAAGACAUAUUCGAGGCGAUUUUGCAUUCCGAACUUGAUUUCUCAUCGGAUCCUUGGCCUGCUAUAUCUGAAAGUGCAAAAGACUUGGUUAGGAAGAUUCUUGUCAGAGAUCCUACUAAAAGGAUGACAGCUUAUGAAGUUCUUCGUCACCCCUGGAUUCAUGUUGAUGGAGCUGCUCCAGACAAGCCUCUUGAUUCUGCAGUUUUGAGUCGCCUGAAGCAAUUUUAUGCAAUGAACAAACUCAAGAAAAUGGCUCUAAGAGUUAUAGCACAAAAUCUCUCUGAAGAAGAAAUUGCAGGGUUGAAAGAAAUGUUUAAGAUGAUAGACACAGACAACAGUGGUCAAAUUACUUUUGAAGAACUCAAGGUUGGACUGAAAAAGUUUGGUGCUAAUCUCAAUGAAUCUGAAAUUUACGACCUUAUGCAAUCAGCAGAUGUUGAUAACAGUGGCACAAUUGACUAUGGAGAAUUCAUAGCUGCAACAUUGCAUCUAAACAAGGUUGAAAGAGAAGAUCAUUUAGUUGCAGCAUUUGCUUAUUUUGAUAAAGAUGGAAGUGGCUACAUCACUCAAGAUGAGCUUCAGCAAGCUUGUGAAGAAUUUGGCAUUGGAGAUGUUCGCUUGGAGGAAAUGAUCCGAGAAGCUGAUCAAGAUAAUGAUGGACGAAUAGACUACAAUGAAUUUGUUGCUAUGAUGCAGAAAGGCAAUGCAGAUUUGGGUAAGAGGGUUCGAAAGGGUAGCACUAGUUUUAGAGUUGGAUUUAGGGAAGCACUACCUGUAUGUUAAUUAACAAAAAGUGGAUCAAUUUCCCUUGUUUCUUUUUUCCCUUUUUUCGGUAAAUUAGCAUUUUCUCCACGGGUUGUUGUACUUAGUCUCUUGAGAGGAACUUAAAUGACUCGUAUUCCACAAAAUGUUGAUAGGCAUGCUUCAUGGAUUUUGCCAUCUUAUGUACAUUAUGGAUUAAAAAAAAAACAUUGUUUUGGCAACAGGGUUGGUUUAUUUUUCAAAUUCUAA